AUGUGGACGACCUGCAGCCUGCAGGCUCAGGGGCCGGGUACACCGCAGACCCCCUUUUUAGCAUUCAGUCGCAGGGGUAGAAAGUGUCUAGGCGAGACUAGCCCGAUGCAGGAGAGCAUCCUGACCGAGAUGGCAGCUUCGAGGCUCGAAGGCUGGAGGCGAUCGCGCCAAUGUCACGUCAAUCACAGCAGCAAGCUCAUGCAGAGCUCCACCGAAACGAACGCCUUCUCAGGACGACUCCUGCGCGCGCGCAGGGCUAGGUUUACCGUCAUGAUUCGCCCUCUUGUGCUGACCGAAUCCGGCAUAAGCUCGUGGCCGUGA